AUGUAUUUAGAUGGAAGGCUUUCAUCUGGUAUUUUUAAAAAUCAAAUUACAACACUUGUUAUUGCCGUUGAUCGAAGUCGAAAGGAUCUGUCAACUAUGGAAAACAUAUGCAAUCUUAUCUUUACUGUAUUUACAAAUUUAACUCAUUUAAUAUUUUGUGAAUCAUCAUAUUCAAAUAUUAUUCGAUUAUUAUUUGAGUAUCCAUCUCCCAGUUUUUAUUCUUCAACUCUUUUGGUACUAAGUAUUAAGGUUCAAAAUUUUGAUAUCUGUCUUUAUAUUCUCGAUGGUCGUUUCAAGCAACUUCAUACACUCUAUAUUGAUUUAAAUCAAAUUUAUCGUCCACCAGAAGAAAUUGAAAAUCAAGUAAAAAUACCAAAUCUAAAGUGGUUUUUUCUAUCAUGUGCUUCAGAAACAAUGUAUUACAAUGAAUUAAUUCUACCACUUCUUUAUCGAAUGUCAAAUUUAGAAAAACUUGGUUUGGAUCUUUCAGUCUUUGUUCACGAAAGAUUUAUUGAUGGAAAUAAUUUAAAGACAAAUAUUCUUAAUCAUAUGUCAAAUUUAAAUUACUUUUCAUUUCAUAUUUGUUCCUGUAUGUUUAUUAAUAAUGAAAUGAAUUUGCCAUCAAAACAAGACGUUCAGCAGACAUUCAGAGAUUUUAAAGAUAAUCAAAUUAUAUCUUAUGUUGAUUAUUUUCUAGAACGAAAACAAGGUCAAUGUCAUAUUUAUUCAUACCCAUCUAUAAUGAAAUAUUUUGAUAAUAUAACAAAUAAUUUUCCAGGUGGAUUAUAUCCAUAUGUUCGUGUAGUAUCUUUAUAUGAUGAAUAUCCUUUUGAACAUGAAUUUUUUAUUCAAAUAGCUCAAUCAUUUCCACGUAUGGAACAAUUAACUUUGAUUAAUCAUCAUGCACAAAAAUAUAAGCAAUCUUAUAAAUCAAUGAAUGAUAAUCAGAAUUCAUCAAUUGUUAAAUAUUGGCGUCUUAUUCGGCUUAAUAUGCUAGAAGUUCAUGAUGAUUAUAUUGAAGAAUUUUUAUUUCAUACGAAAACAUAUUUAUACAAUAAUAUUCUUCUUGAUAUCAAAUAUAAAUCAUUAGAAAGAGUAACACAUAAUUUUACAAGAAAUGAUACACAACAUAAUUGUACGAAAAUAAAUGAAAUAUAUUUAUUCGGCGCCACACAAUACUCUAUAUCUUUAAAGAAUUAUUUUCCUUUUGCGAAAAUACACUAA